AUGCCGCAAUAUUUUGACAAUGAAAUUCCAUAUUUUGGGCGAAAAAGUUCAAAGGAUUUGAAAAUUUAUCGCAACAGUAAACAAAAAAUUGCACCAGACUGUGUAAUGAAAUGCUUGGAGCAACAACCAUUUUGGGAAUAUCUCAGUUCUGAUGGUACCGUAAAUAAUGAUUUCUUGCAGGUUCAUAAUUAUUAUAAAAAACAGAUCAUAGCAGCCAGCAAGCUUUUCUUCGAUCGAUUUCAUAUAGCUUAUUCAAUUAAAAAAAAGAAAAAUUGGAAACUUAUCGACGAAACGAAACGUAACAUUUCUGGCAUUCAGGAUGAGCGUGCAAGUUUAUUGGUGAUGGUUGUGAAGGUCAAUUCUUCCAUUUUAUACCAGUCGGAAAAGUUUGUUAAUACUUUAGAUCAUGUUCCUGUUGAUGAGAUACAUUUAAUCGAUGUAAAGAAGCACGAAAUUCACAUGAAGACUAAAGAUUUGUUAUAUGGAGAAAUAUUUCACCCUCAUAAAGCUAUUCGGCAGAAUGUGCCAUCUCACGUUUGGUACAAAAAACGCAUCAGUAGGAGAUACCAUCCUGCACCAAUUCUUAAUUUGUCUGUUUUUGGCUUAUCGGAUAAAGUUGUUGUAGUUCUGAAAGAAUUAAUAUCGAAAUAUAGCAAUCGAUGGUUAAACAUGGAUAAGAAAUGGAUCAGAAAAUAUAAGUAUAAUGAAAAAAAUGGAAGAAAAAAAAAAGAGAGAAAAGAUCGCCGUUUUGAUCAAUAUAAGAAUUUUUUUGCAUUCGAAUACGAAGGAAACGUUUACGAGCCGUUUGAUGAAGAUUUCAUAGAAAAAUGGUUUUUGAAACCAAAAAUCAAUGAUACUUCACAGUUUUAUAAAGAGAAGGAUAUUAAAAAAAAUGGAAUGAAAAAAGAAAGAAAAGAUUAUCGAAAUAAGAAAUUUUUUUUAUUGAAAUACCAGGAAUACGAGUCAUAUAAUGAGGAUUUGGAAGAAAUACAGUUUUUGGAACAAGAAAUUAAUGAGAUUUUUCCUACUUUACACGAAUCGCAUUUUUGUACUUCUGAUUUUUUCGUUGAUAGAUCAUCCGUUCUUAAAUCAAAACGUCAACGGAAAGGCAAAAUACCUAAGAUUCGUUCUAAAGAGUUUGAACAAUGGUUCUCUGACAAUCCUGCUCAUGAGCUUCAUGAAGAUGGUUUUGUCGAUGAUGAAAAAAGACGUGUUAUUGAUUCUAAACAAAACAAUGUUUUUUCAUAUGUGCCUUUACCGUUGUAUAAUAUUUUUUUAAAUCAACAGGAAGCGGAAUUUGUCAAAUGUCGAUUGCUACCUAACACUCAACCAGUUUCGAAUAUUAUUCCUAUUUCCUAUACAGUUGAUUUCAAUUGGCGACAUAAUCCUCAUUUAGAGUUACCAGAAUUUCUUAAGAAUUAUUAUGGUUCCAUUAUCAUUCAACCGAUUUUGUAUGGUAGUAGUCAAAGAGAAUUUCUUAGGAUUAUUCUUAAUCCAUUUACGUCGGAAGACGAUAAAUUUGAUGAAGAUGUUAAAUCAAGUUUAUUGGUGUCAAGGUCUUCAUUUGAAAAAUUUCUUCCAAGAACUGUGCAGUUGCAUAGUUAUGACGCUUCAUCGGCUUGCUGCAUUUUUUUGCAAGAAAUGUUUCUGACUGAGUACGAGGAUCAGCAAGACGAAUUAUGCUUACCGAGUUAUGAUAGUGAUUUUUAUUGUUCCGUAUGUGGUGAGAAUGAUAAAUAUAAAUACGGUUUUGCAUUACAAUGCAAGCACUAUUUUUGUGCCGAUUGCUGGGGUCAAUAUGCAGUGGAGAGGAUUUCAUUGGCUAGAGUUCCAGUAUUGUGUCUCAAAACAUUUUGUAACGAAAAGCUUUCUUUGGAUCAAAUGCGAAUUUUUCUUUCCAGUAAAAUUUGUAAUCGGUAUAAAAAUUUAUUGUUUAACAAAGGAAUGAUGCGCAAAGAAUGGACUUACUGCCGUAAAUGUUCAAAAAUAUUGCAUAUUCCGGAAUGUAGCAAAAUAGAAAAAUCGUGUGGAAUCUGUAAAUGUGGUUCAUCUGUUUAAAAUAAUUUACGACAGUUGAAUGUAAAUAAUGUCUCCUUUGCCAAAUGUCCAAAAUGCGGUACUUUUUGUGAAAAAAACGAAGGUUGCGAUCAUAUCCAAGUUAACUUAUAUGAUGUGCCGAUCAAAGUUAACAAUAAAAUUCCAUUAAAUGUAGUAGAAGAGUGUUUCACAUAUCGACGAAGCGAUAAAGAGUCAUUAUUAAUGAAGUAUUUAUUGAAGAUAUUAAAAUCUGACUGUGAUAUGCUCGUUGAUGUUCGCUCAACGUAUUUUGCUAUUACCCGUUUUAUGGAAAUGCUUUUAUUAAAAAUUCAUUACACUAAAAGUUAUUUGAAAAUAUGGAGGAAACGAAGCAAUGCAAAUAAGAUGAAUAUCAAUUCAAUAAAGUUACGAAUUCUCUUGAAGUCAAAAAAUAGACUUUGCUUUUCGUUCAGUUUAUUUUGCUCUGCAAUUAAUGAACGAAAUCGAAUGAAGAUUAUUCGAUCGAAAAAGUUGUUGGACAGUACAUUGCAAGCAUGCAUUGCUGAAAUUAUUUAA